AACAAACGCCGCGCGGUUGCCGCGGUAACGGCGGCGAUGGAAGGCGGCGGGCGGCCCUCGGCCCUGCAGGCCGCGCUGCUGGCGGCCGGCACGGGGUUGACCGCGCUGCUCUACUCGGUGUACCGGCAGCAGGCCCGCCUCGCCCGCGGCCUGCAGGGCGCCCGGAGGCUGCGGCUGGACGGGGAACUGCGGGCCGUGCUGCUGGAGGCGCCGGGCCGCUGCGUGCCCUAUGCUGUCAUCGAAGGUGUGGUGCGUUCUGUCAGGGACACCCUGAGCAGCCAAUUUGUGGAGAACUGCAAGGGCGUCGUGCAGAGGCUGACACUGCAGGAGCACAAGAUGGUGUGGAACCGAACAACCCACCUCUGGAAUGACUACGAGAAGAUCAUCCACCAGCGAACCAACACCACUGCCUUCGACCUGGCCCCGCUGGAGGACGGCACCGGCGUGGCAGUGAGGGUGAUGAAACCACUGGAGGCCGCCGAGCUCAGCCUGGAGACGGUGCACGAGAAGUUCCACCCCUCUGUGCAGUCCUUCCCCGACGUCAUCGGGCACUACAUCAGCGGGGAGCGCCCCAAAGGCAUUCAGGAGACGGAGCAGAUGCUGAAGGUGGGAGCGGCGCUGACUGGUGUUGGGGAGCUGGUGCUGGACAACAACACCAUCAAGCUGCAGCCACCCAAGCAGGGCCUGCGCUACUACCUGACCAGCUCCGAUUUCGACGCUUUGCUGAGGAAACAGGAAUCGAGCGCCAAGCUUUGGAAGAUGCUGACCAUCCUUUUUGGUUUCGCCACAUGUGCUGCUCUCUUCUUCCUCCUGAGGAAGCAGUACCGGCACCACCGGGAGAGGCAGCACCUCAAGCAGAUGCAGGAGGAGUUCAGGCAAGCGCAGGAGCGGCUGAUGCGCGAAGUGAACGCCGAGGGUGGAGAGACACUGAAAAACGCCUGUGUCAUCUGCCUGAGCAGUGCCAAAUCCUGCGUGUUCCUGGAGUGUGGGCACGUCUGCUCCUGCACUGAGUGCUACCGAGCCCUCCCAGAGCCCAAAAGGUGCCCCAUCUGCAGACAGGCCAUCACCAGGGUGGUUCCCCUGUACAACAGCUAAAACGCUGCGGCUCAGGGGGAUUGUUUUGGAGAGCUCCCUCUCUUUGAGGGUCUGCUCGCAUGCUGCCCCUCUGCUGGGGUGGUCGGAUUGCUGGGGGUGAAAUCUCGGACUGGGGAAGGGGGAGGGAGCUGGAGGGGAGCUGGGCUUGAAAAUGGUUGCAAGAGCUCAGGGCUCACGUGGUGCUCCUGGAGGCAAAAUCAGUUUAUUUCUGCAAUACUCUGGUGAUAAAAAAAAAACAACCCUCUGUUAUAAGACAUGAGGAGUCCUGAGGCUGCGCAGUGGGGGCAGUGCUGCCUCCUAGCAGCUCCUCCAGCCAGCUGAGCAGGCGGUCAGAAGAGCUUCUGCUUCAUGCCAGUGGUUUUGUGAUGAAUGGUGAACACAGGCAAGGAGCAGCGUCUGCAUCAUCCCCUCCUGGCAGCACUGCCAGGGUCUGCACUUCGGCCACGUGUGAUCGUGUCGUGCCAGAAUGUGGGAACUGGGACACGGCAGCUCUCUGGCUGAUUCCUGCAGCGGGGCUUGGGCUGGGGUACGGCACGGGAUGUAAUAAAACCGAUUGAGAAGCGUG